AUGAUAAAGAUCCGCAUUCAACACCUCAACAUCCUCUCGGAGGAUGCAGGGGACUUCAGGUACGACGGUCUCUACGUUGUGAUGCGUGUGGGCGACGAGGCGCAACGCACGGCGGCCCUUGCGGAGGGCGGCCACAAGGCGUGGAACGAAGUCUUUCACUUUCGCCUAACGUCUCCACCCGCCGUUCGCGUAGCUGCUGGCAGUGCCGCAAUGCUGCCGGGGACGCCGCACCUCGCCGGUGAUCCACCGCUGCGUGGCACGCUGCCCUAUCCAUUGUCGUUGCGGCGCCACCAGCUGCACACAACCAAUGACAGCCUCUCUGGUGACACUGGCAUGGCCGCCGUGGCGCCUGCACCGCCGUGGGCUGGCAUCCCGAUGGUUACGUUGGAACUCUGGCGUUACUCGGCGACCUCCGAUGACUGCCUUGCGAAGUAUCAGUUUCGUGUCCCGCAUGAGAGAGGUGAGGGCGUUGUAGAACGAUGCGUGCGGCUUAUGAGUGCGUCUUCGUAUUCCGUUGAGUUUGCCCUCCGGGUCCGUGUGGCGUUGGUGCAUGCCGACCCCGCCCACGCAGUGCGGCGUCUCUCGCCGCAAAAGGCACUUCUACAGGAGCCGGCCGUGCUGUGGGGACCGUAG